AUGCUUUUCUCUUCGUUCCUGCGUAGCACGUUGGGCGCCGACGCCUGUUUGGACGUGGUGGGACGAGUGAUCUGCAAGAAGGACGUCACGAAAGUUUCGAACGUUGAAGUUUCUCUAUAUGACGAAGAUAGCCCUCAGUGGCUUAGUUCAAACGACGUCUUUGGAACAAGUCGAACGAAUGAGUACGGAGUUUUUCGCGUCGGCGGUUGCGCUCGAGAUAUGGACAACUUGUUAACAGGCGCAAAGAAUUAUCCGGAUCCAUUGCUGGAAGUAUUCCACUUUUGUAACAACAGGAAGGGUGAAAGGACGCUCGUUCGCAGGAAGCUCAGUGACCUUUUGGAAUUGGGCGAUUUUGGUAAUAUCGUGCUGGACAAUGACCAAAAUCAGCAAAAAUGACC